AUGGCUGUAUACCAGUGGUCCAGACUCCAUCUGAGUGGUCCGGGACUUGAGCAGACGUUCUACCAAUCGAACGACCUUGCAGCCGCACGCCUGGCGGCUAAAGGGCUGGUCUUUCUGACCGUGGACGCCAACGGUCAGCCGGCUGCUAGAGACCGUAAACUCAUAAGGAGUCAUGUUAUGCGGGGGAAGAACACCCGUACACGAGGUCUUCCUGGUCGAAUGAAGAGCCGCGGCCAGACUAUCGCUAUGGAAAGCGAACGGUCACAGCAUGCUUCAGGAGGCAAUAAUCAUUCCGAAGAGUCCCCCCAGGCUCAGGCACGACAUGAGUCGCUCAACUCUACGGUGCAUGCUCUGGCCCGAAUUGGACACCAAGGCAUGAUCCCCCGUGCCGCCAAUGUCUUCACUUUCAUCAAGUUUCCGGAAGACAUCAGUAGUACUUCGCGUACCUUGCUAUGCACAUGUACGACGAUUCAAGAGCUCAAUAAACAACUGGCUGAUCCUACAACUGCCCUGACCGACUCCACAACUACUGUCGUUAUGGGUAUGGCUUUGAUGGCGGAGGGCUUUGGAGACGUAGAGUCCGCACACCUGCACAUAACGGGUCUCAAGCAAAUCGUCGCCCUACGCGGUGGUAUGAAGUCGUUCGCCAACAGGCCUCAGCUUGAAUCCAAGCUUCGCCGGCAAGUCUUCGCUCUCGCUUGCCAAGUUCAGCCUAUCAUGAUCUGGUCAACGUUGCUAACUAUGAACGCCCGAAGAGCUGGUCUAGUUUACCACAUCUGCACCGGCGCUAGUCCUGCCUUUCACCAAGAUGCUGCAUCUUUCGAUUCAGCUUUCGACUGUUCGCCUGAACUCACAAAUCUCAAGCCAUCGGACACGUCCUGCUUCUCCCGCUCGCGCUCUGUGGCAAGAGCUUUAGAAAGGAGGCUGUACAUCAUCUGGAAGGAUGUGCAGGGUCUCUCACAGCUCAUCAACGAUAGCCACGAGUCCGGUCAAAAGAUACGGGAGAUGUCGCUCGAGGACCUCAUGACAUCCGUUCAGUCCCGCCUGCUCAUGCUGACAUAUACUGAUAGCAAUUCUCUCCCAGAGCUUCUUCGGCUGUCACUUCUCGCGUUCUUGACAACCGUUUUCUGGAGUUUCCCUGGCAUCAAAUUUGAGUACCCGCAUCUGGUCCACCAACUCCGACAAGCUUGCCAGGCCUAUACGCCCGCUACGGCAGGAGAGAGCUAUCUCUUCGCCUGGGCUUUGAUGGUAGGGGCAACAUCCGUGUUCCACGACCUUGAUCAUACCUGGCUCCGAAAACGAUUGCGCCCUCUGAUCCCAGAAAACCUAGGGACGACGUGGUCCGAAGUACAGAAUAGCUUGAGACAGGUCAUGUGGAUCGAAAGUAUUCACGACGGCCCCGGGAUAGAGAUCCUCAACAUUUGUCUUGGGGAACCCGGGGACGGAAGUAUUGAUGCUCGAGGGAACACUGUAUUGCCAGUGCUUGAUUUGGAGCAGAGUGAAGAGGCCUUUCACACGUAG